AUGAGUCCAAGCGCACUAGGACAGUCGUAUGAUUUAGCGCUUAGAAGAUUUCGCUCCCUUGAGCUAAGGUUUCGAAAAGAUACGACACUUCACUUACAAUAUAAGGAGUUCAUGAAUGAAUUUAUAUUUAUAUCUCAUAUGGAGCCGAUAUCAGAUGUAGACCUUAGCGUUCCCCAUUAUUUCAUUCCACACCAUCAUGUUUUAAAGCCAUCAAGCUCAACGACGAAAUUACGCGUGGUAUUCGACGCUUCGUCUAAAACCAGUUCAGGUGUAUCUCUCAAUGAAUUACUAUUGGUCGGCCCUGCAAUACAGACCGACCUACUCUCUACAGUCUUGCGAUUUCGUUACUAUACGUAUGUUUUUACAGCGGAUAUCUCGAAGAUGUACCGCCAGGUAUCAUUACAUCCUAAUGACAGACGUUUUCACUAUAUUCUAUGGCGCUCCGACAAAAGAGAUCCAAUGGCCAUUUAUCAACUGUGCACUGUUACGUACGGUACUACCUCUGCCUCCUUUCUACCAACACGUGCGCUAAGGCAAUUGUGCAUUGAUGAGCAACAUACAUAUCCACGCGCAGCCGAUGUCGCAAUUCACGCGUUUUACGUUGACGACAUACUAACGGGCGCUAACACAUUAAGUGAAGCAAUCGAUUUGCAAUUCCAACUCAAGACUAUGCUUGCAAAGGGCGGCUUCGAGUUAAGAAAGUGGUGCGCGAAUCACACCGAAAUACUUAAUGGCACUCCUGAUGAAGGUAAAGAGAAGUNAGCAAAGGGUGGCUUCGAGUUAAGAAUGUGGUGCGCGAAUCACACCGAAAUACUUAAUGGCACUCCUGAUGAAGAUAAAGAGAAGUUUUUCCAAAUAAAGGGUGAUAAUGCAAUUAAAACACUGGGAGUCAUAUGGAACCCCUUUAUAGACAAGUUCUUAUAUGAAAAGCCAGACUCAAUUGCUAAACCAGCGACUAUAAAAAGAAGUGUUCUCUCCCAAAUAGCGCAGCUAUUCGAUCCACUAG